GCGAGAUUUCUCUUCUGGUGGGGCCUGGGUUUUUCCAGACUUCCGCUCCGCAGUGGAAAGAGACGCUGAGUAUUCCUGGUCGCCUUGUCACUCUGGAAGAUUCCUGUGGGUGUACACCGUGGCCCUGACCGCCAUGUCCGUGAUGGCCGCUCGCCCGGCUUCUCCGCGGGAGGAAGGCGAGCUGGAGGACGGCGAGAUCAGCGAUGACAGCGUCCGACCCGAUAGCCCCAAGCAUGUCCGCCACCGGCCCAGCAGCCGAGGGCCCCCACGCCCCCCCUACCGGGCUCGCCCGCAGAGGCCGCCUCAUGGCUACCGGCCGUCCCCCCGAAUUCCACAGCAGCCCCCACCGCCCUCCAGACCCUCGUUCUGGGAGCGCAGUUAUGACACGCUGGGACGGUUUCGCUCACGGGGAAGAGGCGGCAGGUUCUGGGACAGAGAGUGGGGAGAGCGGAGCAUAAAGCCGGGCGGACCGAGGCUGGUCAGCUGGAGAGCCCCGUCCCCUCGAAGACUUAAAAGUGUUGUUAGGUCUCCACCUAGGAAAUCUAGCCAUUCAUCCAAAAAUGAGAAUGAAGAAGAGAGCUUUGAAGACCUGCUUUUAAAAUAUAAGCAGAUAAAGCUGGAACUUGAGUCCAUUAAUAAGGAUGAGAAACUCGCUCUCAAAGAACAACAUGGUAAUGUACAGGAAAGUGUUGUGGAAAACACUGUACGGACCCCUGUUAAGGAAGAAUGCAUUUCUGGUGCUGCUGUGAAUCUGGAGGCAUCUGUGGAGGAGAAACUACCAGUAAAGACUUUCCAGGCCUUUGAGCUUAAACCUCUGAGACAAAAAUUAAAACCCAUUAAUGAGAAGAAACAAAGUAUUGUGGAAGAAUCCAACCCCACUGUAAUUACCAGUGACACUGAGACUCAUGAGCUAGAACUUGAAGACAUUUAUCAGACAGUUACACCCGAGAGCAACACUACAGAUGACAAAAAUGAGAUCCCUGUUAAGGAAGAAGAGGAGAUGUCGGAGCUUCAUUUGCGUCUUUUGGCUUUGCAGUCUGCAAGUAAAAAAUGGCAGCAAAAGGAACAAAUGGUAAUGAAAGAGGGAAAAGAAAAACUGUCAAAGGGCAAGACGGAGCUCCAGAAGGAGAAGGGCAAGACGGAGCUCCAGAAGGAGAAGGUCAACAGUGCUGCUUAUGCAGCAAAGCAGGCACUCAGAAGACAACAAACAAAAGCAUGGAAAAAGUUGCAACAACAAAAAGCUGCCGAAAACCAUAAAGAGGAAGAGGAGAAAAAGAAGCAGGCAGAAGAAGAAGAAAAAAGAAAGAGAGAAGAGGAAAUCAGAAAAAUUCGAGACCUUUCCAACCAGGAGGAACAGUAUAACAGGUUCAUGAAGCUUGUAGGAGAAAAGACUAAACGGAGCAAGUCUUUUGAGGCAGAUCAAAAACGAUCUGACAAGCUGUCUUUGGAGAACUAUGGAUGUGUUUACCAGUAUGACAACUAUGAAGAGGUUGCAAUGGACACAGAUAGUGAAACAAACUCUCCAGGGGCAUCUCCAACAAGAUUGCCUUAUUCUCCUUGUAGCCCUUUGGGAUAUGUACCAUCAUCAUUGUGUGUAACAGAUCCGUAUUCUUCAGAUAUAUGGCUGCAUCACUGUGAUGUCUCAAUGUUCGGCUCCGUGAUCUCUGGAGCUUCUUCAGAAAUGUCAGUCCCACCUCCACCACUGCCACCAGAGGAGCCGGAGCAGCCUCCUAAGCCUCCUUUUGCAGAUGAAGAAGAGGAGGAGGAAAUGCUACUUCGUGAAGAGCUUUUAAAAUCUUUAGCUAACAAGAGGACUGUCAGACCAGAGAUGCUGGGUAAUAACAGUCCGCCUCCAUCACCUCCUGUUGUUAACAAUAUUAUGCCUGUGCCAAGGAUCAUGCUAACAACAGCGGGCUUCAACUCUGCUACUCAUCGCAAGAAUAAUACUAAGAUUGUGAGGGUCCUAAGACCUCUAAGACGUGUAAUAAAGCUUCCAAAGCACAAAUCGGUAGUCGUAACACUGAAUGCUUCUGACUCUGAUGAAUCUGAUCCAGAGCCACCUAGUUCAGGCCUUGGUGUUUUUGGAGGUUUGGAAUCUAUGAUCAAAGAAGCCAGAAGAACUGCAGAGGCAUCAAAACCAAAAGCACCUUCUAAAUCUGAAAAAGAAAAUGAUCCUCUGAGGACCCCAGAUACCUUACCAGAUGAUAAGAAGAUUGAAUAUAGACUUCUGAUGGAGGAGAUUUCUAGUCGUGAAAAACAGAAACUCUUAAAAACAGACCUGACCAUAACAAGUCUAUCUCCAGCAAAUUCUGAUAUAGAAGUAGAUGGCAACCGUAAACAUGUCAAGGAUCCUAAAGUGGCAGAGGCAGAGUCGAGGCAUACAAAGCAAAAAAUGCUCUUGGUUAAGGAUGAGUCUCUCCUGAAAAAUCUGUUGCUGCAGGAGGAAAAGAAAAAGGAAUCGAUCAAAACUGCAGAGCUAAAAAUGACCAAACUCUCAGAACAACUGCAAGCAACAGAAAAAUUUCUGAAUGCCAGUAGGGUCUUCCUCAAAAAAUUACAGGAACAGAUUACCAAAGUACAGCACAGAGUUCAAGAAAAAAGGAGUCUUGCUGUUAAAUCUGGGGAAGAACUUGCACGAGCUAAAGCAUUGGUUAGUCAAGAAUUGGGGAAAAGGAAGCUGGAGCCGAGCAGUGCUGGAGCUAAUAAAAUCUUUAAGCCAAAUCCAGGCUUGGACAGCCCCAGAAAGCAGUCUUCAGAGGCUAUUGCACUUGAGAAAAAGCGAUUGCAAGAACUUGAAAAGGAAUAUGCUCUCAAAAUUCAAAAACUAAAAGAAAUGCAAGCUAAAAAAAUUAAAGAACAGACGGCUAUUUACCCACCUGUGAUUGAGGAACAGCCAGAAUUUGUACUGCCACAACCGUCCCUUCAUGAUCUCUCCCAGGACAAAAUAUCCCUUGACACAGAGGAAAAUGAGCCUGAGGAUGAGGAUAUAUCUACCUCUGUUAAAGAGCGACGGAGAUCAUUCCGUGACAUAAACUCUUUUACCAAACCUAACUUGAAGCACACAGAUCUUACACCUUAUAAAGACAGUAAUAGUAAACCGUCCAAGACACCUACAGAGGGACCAGAACUGUUUAUGGGCUUGAAUAUUGAUGAACUUAGAAGUCUUCAAUCCUCUAGCUCUGACCUGUUAACAGAACUUCUUUCAAAGUGUGAUUCAUUAUUAGUAUCACAGGACAAAUUAUCUUCAGGAACAGCGAUACCUGUGGAUAUGGAUUUGAUUGCCGCUCAGACAAAGCAGACAGAUGCAAAACCUUUCGUUUUCGGGGCAUAUCAUAGCCCGCUUCUUGUUUUCAAGUCCUAUAGGUUUAGUCCGUAUUUUCGCACAAAGGAGAAGCUGCUCCUGAGCUCCGUAUCUCAUAGCAAUAUGAUUGAACCCAAGAACUUUUUCUGUCACUUUGACCUCACAGGCACAUGCAAUGAUGAUGACUGUCAGUGGCAGCACAUGCGUGAUUGCACUUUAAGUCGUAAACAGCUAUUCCAAGAUAUCCUAUCCUAUGACUUGGACUUGAUUGGUUGCUCGCAGAAAAGUAAUGAUGAGGAAAUUAUGGCUGCAACUGAGAAAUACGUUGACAAGCUUUUUGGUGUUAACCGGGAUCGCAUGUCAAUGGAUCUGAUGUCAGUUCUUCUUGUGAGUCACGUCAACGAGAGCCGAAGUCACGUCCCUCCACACACUACUUAUAAAGACAUAAGAAAAUGGAAGCCCAUGUACUGGAAAAAACCUGUUGCAGAUAGUAGCAGCAGUGAUGAAGAAGAAACUACAAAAGCUGUUAGUUGUGCAAGCAUCCCAGACCUCAAAACAAAGGUUCCCAUUCAUGAUGGUGUUGUCACUACAGAUGAUGUCAGGUAUUUCACAAAUGAAACUGAUGACAUUGUUAACCUGGAAGCAAGCGUGCUUGAUAACCCUCAAGAUAUCCAGCUAUGGAUCAAGUUGGCAUACAAGUGCAUGAAUCAAAAUGAGGGGACUUCUUCUGAACGUUUGGAUUCAUCUCUGAAUGUGUUAUCGAGAGCAUUAGAACAUAACCGAGACAAUCAAGAAAUCUGGGACCACUAUCUUAAAUUGUUUUCUAAAAGGGGGAUUGCAGAAGAAAUUCAGGAAAUGUGUGAGAUGGCUGUGGAAUAUGCCCCUUCCUUUCAGAUUUGGUGGAGUUUUCUGACUUUAGAGAAUUCCUUUGAUGGCAAGGAUCAGGUGUGCAGCCGUGCAUUACAGUAUCUCAUGCAGCGGAUACAGGAAGAUCAGAGAUCUGAACUGCUUUCACUGCAGUGUUUAGAAAUUUUGCUGUACCGUGUGCAUCUAAACUUGUUCACAGGAAGACUCCAAAAUGCCCAUGCCAUUUUACAGAAUGCUUUAAAGUCUCCUAGUGAGAAGAGUGUAGCAGAUCACCUUACUCCCCAGGAUCGCUGCUUAGCAUGGCUUUCUUACAUUCACCUCAUGGAGUACAAUACUCUGCCUGCCAAUUUCUAUGACCCAACAAAUGCAAACCCUUCCAGGAUAGUUAACAAGGAGCCAUUUAUAAUGCACGGGCUGAAUUCCAAAAGUGUAAAGACUGCUCCUACCAUGCUGCUUGCUCUAUUUGAAGCUGCUGUAUUUUCAUGUUCCGAUGAAAACUUAAAUGCCAAGGAAAGAACAGAAGUUUGCCUACCGCUUUAUAAAAAUAUGAUCCUAAUCAAUCUUAUGCUCGACAGGCCUUCUGAUGCAGUGAACAUGUGCAAACAGCUGCUUGAUGGUUGGAGUGAUAACUGUGACAUCCUAGAGGCUUUAUGUUCUGUAUAUCUUAAAAGUGGGCAUCCAGACAAUGCCAUGGAAGUCUGGAUCACUGCAUUCAGAAAUAAUCCUGGAAAUGCACAAAUAUUUUAUAAUGUCUGCAAAUUUUUAGUACACCAGGGAUGGUUUGAUAAUAUACCAGUGUUAAUGGAGGAAUUCAUUAGGUCGUUCUGUGAAAACAUCAAUGAUCAAUGCAGGCCAGCAGAUAUCCUGAGGUAUCUGCUGAAUUUCUCAGUACCAAUUGAUUUCAAAGCACCCGCACGCAAAGUAGAAGGAUGUUUUAAUGCUUCAGAUUUGCAAACGUCAUACCUCUGGCUUGUUUUCUGUCUAUGGCAAUCUCUUCACGCUAGCACAGCAGAGGCAGCCGAUGCAUAUGAAGCUGCAUUGGGGGCCAUGAUGCAACAUCAUAUGCUGCAGAAGCUUUGGAUGGAUUAUCUUGUCUUUACGAACAGCAAACUGUUGGAAUCCAGAAAUAAAUUCCAAGAUAGUAAGCAUUUUACAGAUUUAGUUAACAGAUGUCUAAUGACUGUUCCUACACGGCACCCAACUCCUUUUAGCACAGCUGAAUUUUGGACCAACUACGAGUUUCAUAAUUCAGUGAUUUAUUUUUAUUUGAGCUGUGUUCCCAAGGCACAGCAUUCUAACAUUUUGGAGCGCUUUUCCUCCAUGAUGCCUGCAAAUCUUGGACUUGCACUCAGGGUACUUAAGCAAGAAUUGGAAGACAACAAUAUGCAAACUGUGAAAAUGCAGUCGAAGAUGUUUACGUAUAACUUCCCAUUGUGCCUGCCCAUCUGGAAAAUAGCCAUUGCAGCAGAAACUUUCCUCAAAGGACAGAAGGAGGUCUAUCGUUUGUAUGAAAGAGCACUUCAGAAGUUGGCUCUGUGUGCUGAACUCUGGAAAGAUCAAUUCUUGUUUGAAGCAUCAGGAGGAGAUAAAACUGAUAACCUGAGAAAACUAGUUUCCAAGUGCCAAGAGAUUGGAGUCAGCCUAGAUGAGCUCUUAAAUUUAAAAACAGAAAGCAGGAAUCACUGAACACUGGUUGCAUUAAUGCCAAAGUCCUAUACUAAAUUGCCAAAAUGGUCCUGAAAAGUCUGAUUCAGAUUAGCCUUUGAAAGUCAGACCUACUGAGUCGUCACUGCUUUCUGUAACUGGGAAAUGAAAAUGUACUGCCCAUCUUUAACUGGAGAGUUGAAUUCCAAACUGGCCUGCUUCUAGGCCCAACAAGAUUCUCUUAACAUCAUGUCCGUAAGUAUAGUUAAAGUGACUGCUGUUUUAUUGUUUGUCUGUUUUUGUGUUUUUUCUCCUCUUACCCUUGAUUUAUUUUGCAAUCCCCAUUUGUUGUGCUGUUUCUAACUUGCUUGACUCUCUCACUGAUGCCUGUGAGACCUGUGUUUAUCUAUGGAGACUGCUGUUUACAAUCCACUUCGGAACACUCAGUCUCUCUUCAGUCUUCUUAAUCUUUACCUUUUUUCUUCUCAUUUAAAAAAUGUCUCUGGGGAACAGAAUAAUUUAUAUAGCUAAGGCAAAAAGCAGCAGGUCCUCAGUAGAAGCAAGGCCAUCAGUCUGCUAAGUGCACUUGAGGGAAACCCCCCUUUUUUCUAUUUCUGUUUUUCAUAUUUUUUUUUUAUUGCCCCCUUUACAUUACUGAGUUUUGGACUCUAAAGCAGAGACUGUUAAACUU